GUGCGAUAAGUGUAAGGCGGAGAUAGAGCCAGAUAUUAGGAGCCACAGCAUUGGGAACAGCGCGCGCGAGGAGUGGAAGGCGAAGGUAGAGCCCGACACCGUCAGCUACAGCGCUGGGAUCAGGGCGUGCGAGAAUGGGAAGGCGAAGAUAGAGCCCAGCGAGCAGUGCGAGAAAUGGAAGGAGACGGCGGGGGCGAAGCUAGAGCCCUAUAUCCCUAGCUCCUCCUCGUCCCACCUUGUCGCCACGGCUGGAUCCGAGAAAACGGAGUGUGCGAGUAGCUACAGCGUCAGCAGGGCCAUGUGGAGAGCACGCACCCAAAUCGCCAGGACGUGGCUAGAAGGCGGCGAAGCGGUAGAGCCCGAUGCCAUCAGCUACAGUGUUGGAAUCCAAUGUGAAGCGGAGGACGUACAUGGAAAGUGGGGGCCAUUCCCUAAGGCUGACCAGAAGAAGGUGGAGAGGCGAUAUCAAAGAUAUCUCCACCCAGAUGGUAAGAAAAGCGGCACGUUCACCAUCACAGGGUCGAACGGGAGGCCCACGUGGCCCCUCAGAGCAGAUGUCGACAACAUGCUGCUCCUGAGGGUCACGAGGGCGAAGGCUUCGAGCAAAAGCGUCAGGAUACGCCGCGCGUGCGAAGCUGGAGAGGGGAGCGCAGAUUGUGAGAAGUGUGAGAAGCAGAGGUUCCUACGCGCGGACAGGUCACUGGAGUGUGGACGUCCGCCCGAGGUGCUGCAGAGGGGAAGCUCGGGCGACGAGGCGCGGCGGAAACUCACCAUGUGAGAAAUGAAACUGCUGGAAAAACUCCUCCGCCU